UUAUUUAAACCGUGGUCCCUUGUCCCUCUCUCAGAAGGUCAUUGAUCGCCAUGAUCCUUUUUUCACAGUUUGUGAGCUGUCUCCCAUAUCUGUCCUUUGUUUUCCUCCAGACCUGCGGGAGAUAGUUUUUGUCAUCCAGAGUCAAAGCAACUCCUUCCAUGUGAGGCAGGCAGAAAGACGGAAAGUAGACCUCCUGAAGCAGGCACACAGUCUCACAAAGAAGCCACCGGUGGUUUUGCUUCUCCACAGUUUAUCAGAUAACCAGGGAGAUUGGAGUAUCCUUCCUCUGCUGCCUUACUUGUCACAGUCCUUUGGGAAAAACUCAUCCUGGAUUGUAUUUCUGGAGGAGGAAACAAAUGUGAAGAUGACUAAGCUGGUUCAAGUCCUUACAAAAUUUGACAAGAAUAAAGAGUGGUUUCUUGGUAAGCCCCUCCAUGAUGAGGAGUCCACCAUCAUCCAUCACUACGCGUUUGCAGAGAAUCCUUCCAUCUUUAAAUAUCCAGACUUCGUUGCUGCUUGGGCCGUAAGCACCCCCCUUGUACUUCGGCUUGCAGACAAAGUGAGAAAUGAGCCACUUAAAUCUGACUUCACCAUUGACCUGAAACAUGAGGUAGCCUUGUAUAUCUGGGACAAUGGGAACGGUCCUCAUCUCACUCCUGUUCCUGAGCUGUGCACAGAGCCGGAGGACUCUCCCCAGACCCGCCACUGUGCCACCACUCUGAGCACCGAGCCCCCUCUGUGUGGGGAGCCUGUGAAUAAAGAAGAUAUAUUUGUAGCUGUGAAAACGUGUAGGAAGUUUCACAGUGAAAGAGUUCCUGUGAUAAAGAAGACUUGGGAAAAGGAUGCCUUCUCUUUAGAGUACUACAGCGACCAUGCUGAUCCUUCAAUACCAACCAUUAAUCUAGGAGUUCCAAAUACUGAAAGAG